UCAUCAGUAUGCGCCAAAUGUUGUUAGGUAUGCACGAGGAGCUAAAAAGUUUAUUUUCUUUUUAAAGUUGGGAAAAACGUCAUGAAAACAAACGUUAACCGAAUACGUUUGGUUAUUAAAGUGUUCUGUUUGGAUUGGAGUCAGAAAUAUAAACUCGGGGUAGGAAUAAACAAGAUGUGACCAAAAACCGGCGUUUGUAAACUCCAGAGGAGGAGAGGAGCUUCCUUAAUGAUGCUUCAGUGUUUUUGUGCUGGUUGAAGCUUUGGGGGAGAAACAGAAGCAAAGCAAACAUGGUGGGAAGACCUGGAAAAAAGAGGGGGGAUGAAGAGGAGGAGAAAACUCGUCAACAUGAGGAGGAAGAAAGAGGAGAGAAGGACCAAAUACGGAGACUUCAAUCAAAAUACGGGGUAGGACAUGAGAAGAGCGAGACAGGAGUGAUGGAGACUACCCAUGGAGACAAACCUGGUAAAGAUGGACACUCCCCCAUCUCCUCCUCCACCAUCACCUCCAUCUCGUUCAUCUCCUCCUCUGUUAGCCGAGGGAGUUUAGAAGAGGAUGAAGUUAGAGUUUCCAUAGUUACGGUCGAGGACGAGUCCUGUCCAUCUGAGCCGUUAGGCACCACCCUCAUUGACCCCCACAGUCAGUUUGUGCUCGGGGAAAACGAAGAGGAGCACGGAGGAGAGGAGGAGACAAAGAAUGAGGAAGAGGAGGAGGGAGAAGGAGCAGUUGUGGUCCACCUGCAGCAGAUGAAGAGGAAGCUGGACCACGGUCCAGAUGGACGGCCGUUCCCAUCGGGGAAGAAACACUGCAAGGGCAGCGGCUACCUCAGCCCCGCCAGCCUGGCUCAGGCCACGCCCACCACCUUCGGGGACCUGCGGCUGGCCAAUGGGCACUCGGCUCAGAGACGACGGGUCACCUCGGGCCCGCCUCCUUCGGGCCUGCAGGACUGGCUCCUCACCUUUCAGACGUGGAGCGGUCCAGAGCGUCUCCUGGCUCUGGACGAGCUGAUCGACCGCUGUGAGACCAGCCAGGUGAAGCACAUGAUGCAGGUGAUCGAGCCUCAGUUCCAGAGAGACUUCAUCUCGCUGCUGCCCAAAGAGCUGGCCCUGUACGUGCUGACCUUCCUGGCCCCCAGAGACCUGCUGCAGGCCGCUCAGACCUGCAGGUACUGGAGGAUCCUGGCUGAGGACAACCUGCUGUGGAGGGAGAAGUGCCGCGAGGAAGGUAUAUCAGAGCGUGUACGUCGCAGGGAUUGUGAGCAACCUGGUGCUGACAUCAGCCCGUGGAAAUCGGCCUACAUCAGACAGCAUCGCAUAGAGACCAACUGGAGGAGGGGCGACGACAGGGAGCCCUCUGUGUUAAAAGGUCACGACGAUCAUGUGAUCACUUGCCUGCAGUUCAGCGGAGACCUGAUAGUGAGCGGCUCCGACGACAACACGCUCAAAGUCUGGUCGGCCAUCACCGGGAAGUGUCUGCGCACGUUGAUGGGCCACACCGGAGGCGUCUGGUGCAGUCAGAUGGCCGUCGCCACGGUGAUCAGCGGCUCCACCGACCGGACGCUGCGUGUGUGGGACGCCGAGAGCGGCAAGUGUGUGCACACGCUGUACGGACACACAUCCACCGUGCGCUGUAUGCAUCUCCACGGCAACAGGGUGGUGUCGGGCUCUCGGGACACGACGCUGCGCGUUUGGGACGUAUCAACGGGUCGCUGUGAGCACGUGCUGACGGGUCACGUGGCUGCAGUGCGCUGCGUCCAGUACGACGGCCGGCGCGUCGUGUCAGGGGGCUACGACUACAUGGUGAAGGUUUGGGACCCCGAGACGGAGGUGUGUCUUCACACACUGCAGGGACACACCAACAGAGUUUACUCUCUCCAGUUUGACGGCGUGUUUGUGGUGAGCGGCUCGUUGGACACGUCCAUCCGAGUCUGGGAUGCAGAGACAGGUGGGUGUGUCCACACGCUGACCGGCCACCAAUCCCUGACGAGCGGCAUGGAGCUGCGUGACCACAUACUGGUUUCCGGGAAUGCCGACUCCACGGUGCGAGUGUGGGACAUCCGGUCAGGACAGUGUCUCCACACACUGCAAGGUCCCAACAAGCACCAGUCAGCAGUGACGUGUCUGCAGUUCUGCAGAGGUCUGGUUCUGUCUAGUUCUGAUGACGGGACGGUUAAACUGUGGGACCUGCGGACCGGAGCCUGGCUGCGGGAUGUGGUGGUUCUGCAGAGUCGGGGCUCAGGUGGAGUUGUGUGGCGAAUCCGGGCGUCCGACACCCGGCUAGUGUGCGCCGCAGGAAGCAGGAACGGCACAGAGGAGACCAAACUGCUGGUGUUGGACUUCGACCUGGACGAGAAGAAGGAGGCGGUGGACAUAAAUUGAAAGAGGAAAAGGAACACUUCACUGGGGGUUUACUUAGUAAUGGCAAAGCCAUAGACCUUUUUUUUUUUACCAAAGUCCUGACCGAAUCCAGUUUCCUCUCAUCGGUCAGGUGUGAAUGUUACGACAUGUUCUGAUUGGAUGCCAUGUUUGCUGCUGGAGGACACGUUAAACAGCCUGAUGGAGGACAGAAACACUACACGAUGCUCAGGUGUCUCCCUCUCAGAGACUGAUGGGAGUUUGAAUGUAGCUGAUGGGAAACGACGACGAGCGAGGCCAUUCCUUUCUCUUUUUGCUGCUGUACCAAUGAGGAGGAGAUGAUUCAAACGAACCAAUCCAAUCCUACCAAAUCCUGACGGACAGAGACAACCGGCCCUCAGAGACGCCGGAGACGAGCCUCACGUUCUGUCAGUGUUGUUUAUUUCACAUUUGGUCUGUUUCCGAGCUUCUAACCAGCUCAGCCCCGCUGUUACACGUUUGGAAAGCAAACGGUUUUCCCAUCAUGCAGCGAGGGAAAACACAACCAGAGCCUCACAUCCGGAGUACUGAAGACCUCUGAAUCAGUCGGAGGUUUGGUUUGUCCACAUGUUUCUGCUGGAAGUGGAGGGAAAUCUGGAGAAGGGAGAAAAGUUCUAGGACCUCAGAGUUUCGCCGAUUCAUUCCUCUACCUGUUUCCAGAAAAAGCAGUAAAAUAGUCUUAAAAGAGUUCCUAAAUGAUGAGAAAUAUUUAAAUACCAGUCCUGAUAAUCCUGUCUUCAUCUCCUUCUGAGCCACACUUUAUUAAAACUAGUAGCUCACUGGGCUGCAACCAGUUAGAGGUGCAUAAAUGUCCCAGCUGUGGACACUUCUGAGACGAGGUCUGUUGUGAGCAUUAGUUUUUUUUUUUUGUUUUGACUGAUUUGUCAGCGUCCACGAAUCUAUUUUAAUAUAUUGAGCAAAUUAUUUAGUUUCCUUUAGUCUCAGUCUGGUCUCCAGCUCCUCCCAACGUCUGUUCGGAGUUGUUCAGAGUUCCUGCGGAACGACGGCGAGACACCGUCGCUCACGCAGGGGAGCUGUUCUGAGAUAAUCUAGAAACUUCCUCCCAAAUUGUCUCACGCCUCAUCAGUCGCAGCCCAGUGAGCCACCCGGUCCCAUAAUCCAUAAUCUCUAAUCCAGCAUCAGAGAAGAGUCAAAUUAUUUUCAUACAGCCAUUAUCUGGCUCUUAUUUUAUUAUUAACUAAAAAUAAAUCAGAGACUUUAUAAUUCUAGAGCAGGCCUGAGCUUAGUCAUUAUUACGAUAUAAUAAUAAUAAAAUAUAUCAUUUAUCAAUCAGAAUAUUUUCUAUGGUUUCUCUUAAAUGUGUGAUUUUCUCAAAAAGAAUAGAAACAAACUCGAGUAGAAGAAAUGUUUGUGUUUCUGCUCGAGUGGAUCCCGCCCCUCCUGAUAAACGUUUAUUACUGUUUUAGAGACAAACGAUCCGCGCGGCUCUCAUCCAGCUCAACUGUCUUUAUUUUAGACACAAUCAUGACUCUUUAUGGCCUUUUUUUAAAGAGCAAGUCACCCCCUACCAGAGUCUAACUCCAAUCCCACUUCAUGUUUGAAAAAUGCAACAAAUGCUGUUGCCAGGCAGAGCGAGAGGGCGGAGCCGCUAACAAAUACACACACACACAGGCUCACGACAGCAUUGUGACAUCAUAAUGUACCAGUGUACAUCAUAGCAUACCUCUUAGCCAAUAGCGAUGGCUGAUUUAAAUUCAAAUACAGUGCAGAGUUUUUACCUGACGACGGCACAACACUGACAGUUUUAGGCAGAAUAUUUAAAUUUUAACUAAGAUGCACUGAAGUGCCAAAUUAUUGACGACACGUGUCUGCAGCACGAUUAGACACUCGUUUAUUUAUUAGUUUAUCAGCAAAAAAAAAGUUGAUCUGGGGGUGACUUGCUCUUUAAGCACGUGGGUUUGAGUACACAGGACGCCGUUAUGAACACUAAAUCACGAGAUUUCUGUCUUAUUUCAGUUAAAUCUCAUUAGUCCGCUUUAAAUAAUGAAGUGAACGAUUGUUUUACACCUUAAAUUAUUUUUCUUUUGAUGAUUUUUGAGAAAACAUUCAGACUUUUCCGCCUUCAUUAAGCUGCACUCGAUCUGAAGUUACAGCGUUAAUCUGUGAAGUCACCUUUUCCUUCUUCCGUUAACAACCGUGUCGUGUUUUCAUCAGCUAUUAAACAAGAUAAAUAAUUUAAAACAGUUUCUAGUUGUAGAUAUUAAUCCAAUAAGCUGCUGUUGCCAGGCAACACUUCCAACCAGUGAGCAGAGUUUGGGCGAGAUCUUCCCCCGGCAACAAGUGGUAUUUCAGGCAGGAGGUUGACCUUUUGCAGGUGUGAGGCUCCCCGACGAUGGAAUCGUGUAAAAUAGUGUAAAUACAGACAGGAUUGUACAUAUUCAGCUUUUUAUAAGAAAAACAGAAAAUAUUGUCCUGGUUGAACGAAAAGAGAACUGGAUGGAUAAAUAUGAACAAUAAAGAUGAGUUUUAUAAAA